AUGCUGCAUAAGUUACUGUUCCGGGUUGCGAGCCGAAGUCUUCGGUCUUCGAGACUGUACGCUACCAAACAACCUAUAGAUUUUUCAAAAAUGACACAGCGUGAAAUCCAGCAACUCCGGACGUUGAAGUUUAAAGAAGAGAGGAAAUUUAAAGAUCGUACGGCAGCCUACUAUUUCACAAGUAUAGCAGUUAUCUUUCUGGGAUUGGCGUAUGCAGCUGUGCCGCUUUAUAGAGCCAUCUGCGCGAGGACAGGCUGGGGAGGUAUACCCAUUACAGAUAAGCGUAAGUUCACAGACGACAAGCUCAUCCCUGUGGAGAGUGACAAACGAAUUCGGAUUGCUUUUACCAGUGAAGUGUCGCAAAUUUUGCCUUGGAAGUUCACUCCGGAGCAACGAGAAGUGCGAGUAUUACCAGGCGAAACAGCUCUGGCGUUCUAUAGAGCCAAAAACACAGGCGACAAAGACAUUAUUGGCAUGGCUACCUAUAGUAUCACCCCAGGCGAUGCUUCGCCCUAUUUCAACAAGAUCCAGUGUUUUUGUUUUGAAGAACAAAGGCUGGCAGCCGGCGAGGAAAUCGACAUGCCUGUUUUCUUCUUUAUAGAUCCAGACUUCGCCAGCGAUCCAAAGAUGCGGAAUAUUGACGAUAUAGUGUUGCAUUACACAUUCUUCAGAGCCCACUACGCAAACGGCGGUGCCGUGAGUGAAAGUGCAAGUCCCGAAGUUAUGGAGAGUGCCACAGAGGCCUAG